AUGGCCCUUGGGGCUGCGGUUGUCGGUGCCGUGCCUCCUCUAGAGAUCAAGGGAACUGACUUUAUCAACCCCGAGACCGGCGACAAAUUCCAGAUUGUUGGUAUGGCCUACCAACCUGGAGGUAGUGCCGGCUACGAUCCUUCCAGCGGAAGAGAUCCUCUCAGUCACAAAGACGAAUGCAUGCGAGAUGCUGCUCUCAUGCAGAUUCUUGGUAUCAAUGCGAUCCGUGUUUACAACCUGGAUCCUAACAUCAACCAUGAUGAGUGCGCUAGUAUUUUCAAUGCUGCCGGCAUGUAUAUGAUGAUUGAUGUCAACUCUCCUCUGCCCGGUGAGGCUCUUCACUCGGAGAAGCCAUGGGAGAGUUACUACACAGCCUACCUUAAUCGCACCUUUGCCAUCACCGAGGCGUUUGGCAACUACCCAAAUACUCUUCUAUUCUUCUCCGCCAACGAGGUCAUCAACAACCAGGCCACUGCUGAGUUUGCCCCUCAGUAUAUCCGUGCUGUCACCCGCGAUCUCAAGAACUACAUCAAGAACAAUUUGAAGCGCCAAAUUCCUGUUGGUUAUUCUGCCGCUGACGUCCGCGAUGUUCUGUGGGACACGUGGAACUACCUCCAGUGCGCCGAUGCGGAGGACAAGGGUGAUAUGAGCCGUGCCGACCUCUUUGCGCUCAACUCCUACUCAUGGUGUGGACCUGAGGCCACCUUUGAGACUUCUUCUUACGACGAUCUUGUUGCUGGCUUCAACUCAACCUCUAUCCCUGUUUUUUUCAGUGAAUAUGGAUGCAACAAACCUCAACCCCGUUACUGGAAUGAGACUCAAGCCAUGUACGGAGACGAAAUGACCCCGGUCUUCUCGGGUGGCGUCGUGUACGAGUAUACUGAGGAGGACAACAACUAUGGCCUCGUCAAGAUUACUGGAGACAAGCUUCGCAUUCUCGGAGAUUUCAACCGCCUUAAGAACCAGUUUGCUAGAAUCAACUGGAAGGAGGUCCAAUCUAAGCCUGCUAGCAAGAGCUCUCCGAAGGCUCCGGCCUGUAAGGCUGGCAUCAUCGAGGAUAGCGGUUUCGACAACAACUUUACUCUUCCAACUAUCCCUGACGAUGCCCAAAAGCUGGUCGACAACGGUAUUAAGAACAAACCUAGCGGAAAGAUCAUCGAUAUCUCGGACUGGAACGUCAAGCUUGAUGUCAGUAACGCUGACGGCAGUGCUAUGAAAAAUCUUAAGGUCAUUCCCCUGAAGGACGACGAGUCCAAUGCGUCCGGUAAGAACGAUGCAGACACAGGGAGCGAGACUACCGAUGACAAUAACAGUACCAACACCGACAACAGCACCAACUCAAAUGGUGGAGAUGCCAAGGAUGGAGAGGAUGAUGAAGAUGCUGCUAUUCUUAACCGCCCUUUGGCUUGGGUUAUGGCCCUACCUUUGGCCGCCAUGGUGUUUGCGCUUUAG